AAGUGAUCAACACCUUCCUUCUUAUCUCUUUUCUCUCAUUUCUUCAUCUUUUGCCCCUCAUUUUAUUCAUUAUUUACUUCUUUGCCAUCCCAUCUCCAUUAAUGUCCCCAAAGAGGAGUCCGUGUUCCUUCUCCAUUAAGUCCUAUAUAAAUUCUCUACCCUUCUCUCCAUCUCUUCAUUCUCUUCUUCUUCUUCUUCUUCUUCUUCUUCAGUUUGGAAUGAUAUGAAAAACAAAGGUGGCUUAAGUUCUGCACCGCCACGGCCACCACCAGGUCCACCACCACCGGUGCCGGUGGUGGCGGUGACGGAGUGUUGCAUGUGUGGUGACUAUGGCUUGCCAAGCGAGUUAUUUCACUGCAAAGUUUGCCUUUCUAGAUAUCAACACAAAUACUGUAGUGACCUCUACCUUAAAUCUGAAGCAUACCAUACAUGCAACUGGUGUUUAAGAGAAGCAUCAUCAUCAUCAAAGAACAACACUACUAGUUCAUCUCACCCAUGCUCCUCUAACAACAACAACAACAACAACAACAAUGGUGGAAACAUUAUUAAGAUCAAUAGAACAUCCUUCUCUUCAAACCUCCAUAAGCCUGUAAAGAAGCAAAGGUUUCCCCAACUUCUUAAAGCUAGAGUUAGAAGGUACAAGCUCUUGGAAGACGUCUCUAGCUAGCUAACCAAUCAACAAACUAUAUAUAUAUAUAUAUAUAUAUAUAAGUACAAUGUUCAUGCAUGUAAGUUGUAUGUGUGUAAAUAUAAUAAUUAAGAAAUAUAAAAUAAUGAAAGGGUGGUGGAUAUAUCUUUUGAUGUGUGUGAUGAUGGUGAUGAGGGAAAAGGGUGGCAAAUGGAGGUCCACAAAGAACAUGGAGAAGGUGAUGAAUGACUGCCAAAGGUAGAGGACAGAGAUGGAGAUGGAGAUGGAGAAGGAGGGUUCAACUCAUCUUGACUUAAGAGGGUUCUAUAUAUUGAACUUGAGGGGCUCCACUAUUUUAACAUUUUGCUUGACUCAUGUUUCCAUGUUUCUCUGUCCCUCCAUUUUCUGCUCCUGUUUGUUUGUUUGUUUGUUUUUUUUUAAUUUUUAUUAUUCACACUAAUUAUAAAAUAAGGUCUUUGUAGAAGAUAAAGAUGAAGACGGGUUCAAAUUUCAAUUUAUACGGUGUGAAAGUACAUAUAUUGUUGAGUUUGUAAUUGUACAAGUGUUCGCCCAUGACA